GCAUCUAGAAAAGCAAGCACUAGCAGCGACAAGGUCCAAUUACUUUCUGUGCCGAACGUCCGGCGCUAGGAGAGAUCGAACAAGUCAAGAUGUCAUCGCAUGGUAACGCUUCGUCUGCGAACGAUCCUCGUCAGCCGUCUGCGGCGAAGCCAUAUGUCGCUCCGGUUGUUGCACCGCAAGACAUGCCGAUCGAUUACGCAGGUUUCAUCGCCGUCAUCUUUGGCGUUGCCGGCGUCAUGUUCAGGUAUAAGCUCAGCUCCUGGCUUGCUCUCAUAUUCUGUGCUCAAUCCCUGGCCAACAUGAGGAAUAUGGAAAACGAUCUUAAACAAGUUAUGAUGGCUAUGAUUGCAGAAGGAGAAGUAGCUUGAAGAUCAUAGUUUAACUGUUGAGUGUUGAAACAAAGAGUUGAUUGGUCAGACAUUCCAUUCCAGGAUUAUAGAAUGCAAAUGAUGUUUUUUUUUUUUGGCGUAAAAUAUUUUAGGGGAAAAGUACAAAUUACUCCAGUUUUGAUUCAUUGAGAAACAUAAUCUUGUACUUGGGAAACCAAAAACAUUCGCCUCAACUAGCAUCCAUUUCCCCAAUAAUCCCACCAAUGGAGAUGCCACUGCAGAUUCUGCCAUUUGUCUGUGUUCCAUAAACUAUUCCCAUUCAUAUGAAAGCAACAAAUCAUAGAGUGUGAGGCAUCUUUUUUAUUAACUAUUUGUGCAUGGCCCGUUUUCCAUACUGAAACUGAAAAUAAACCAAACAAUAGUUAGUAUGAAAAUGCACUUGUAGAAUGUACUUUUGGCUGCCAGAAGUGAAAUCCAAACACCCCCUAAAUGUGCUGAAGUGCUUCUUGAUUGUAUUUUCAACUCAAGUAUUUACUUUCUUCUAUACACGUGUUGAUUGCUAAGGGUGUAUAUUGUAUAGAGAUAACCUGGAAUCUUGUAGUCCUAAAGAGGAUGUUUGUUUAGUUUUGAUUUAGGUAGGAAUCUUGUAGUCCUAAAGAAGAUGUUGGUGCACGAAUCUUUUCUCCAAAAUAGUCCUGAAACUUACCGAAGCAUGCUUCAAGUUUUCUUUUAACUGUGCCUUUUUUUUAAGCAAGUGUAUGCAUGCUAUAUGUUUUAUAGCAUGGAAUUGAACUGGUUACAAUGCUUUUUGGUCUUGGACCGUUGGACAGACUCUAUACCAUAUUGUAAUUCUGUUUUACAUUAGUUUUGAUUGAAUUCUCUGUAUCCUAUUUAGACAAUAUAUCAAAGUCCCAUAUCUAAUGGUUAGAAUCUAAAUCAAGAAUAUAUAAGUUUGAGGUGAAUCCUACCAAGUGGCUUAAGCUAUUUUAGUGUAAUGGAUGGACUAUUCUUAAGCAUGGUUAAUUAAAAGAAAAAAAAAAUCAAACAUGAGAUCAGAUCCAUGUAAUGGGAGAAAUAUUAAACAUUAAACAAUAUAUUAAAGGUCCCACAUCUAAUGUUUGGAACCUAAAUUAUGAAUAUAUCAAUUUUGAGGUGAAUCUUACUAAUUGGUUCAUGUUAUUUUGGUGUAAUAGACAAUCAGCAUAGUUAAUACAAACAAUCUAGCACAUCCGCCAACAGAACUCAGGGUAAGAACAGACAUGAGUUCUGGUUGAGGCUUUGAGUAGCAUAUAGAGGAUUAGCAUAUACAUGAUUGAUGUUGAGGACUUCUGGUUGCAUUUUAAUAUGAACACUAAUGCUGGCCCAAAAAAAAAAAUGAUGAGAGUCAUGAGAGCCUGGAGGAAUAGUAGACAUUUGUGCAUAUUGUACUAACAAAGAUGGAGGUGCUUGCUUUAUUUUAUGUUGUUCCAAUCUGCGAAUUAAAGUGGCUGAAUUUUUCCCCCCCCCCUCCCUUGACUGGUUGUUUAUUGAUGUUUUAAAUCUUAU